AUAGAAUCAUUCAGUAAACGCAGCUAUCACUUUCAGUUAUAAGCAGGAAAUAACGAAAAAUUUUUGAUAUUUUAAAACAAAUUCAAACAUGAAUUUUGUACAAUUCUUCCUGUUCAUUUGUUUUGCAUUUAACGUUGCUUAUUGUUUUGUGGGUUGGCCAACUAAAGAUGAAGCUGCCAGUCAUUGUAUUCAACCACCUCUGGAUGAAAAUAGUAUAAAUUCUUAUCAAUAUUAUUGUAGCACUGUUCCUAUCCAUACAGCACACACUGUCUAUCCAUGGCACAUAGCAUUGGAUAAAUGCCUAAAACCAUCAUCAAGCAGAAUAGGUUACUGGAAAUGUCGAAAAAAUAGUCAUAAUAAUCGAUAUUAUUAUUAUUCAAAUGCAUUUUAAUAAAGUAAAAAAUUACACUUUAGUAAAUAAAUAAAAAAUAAAUCUACAAUAAAAAUAUAUAAUAUAUUUACAAAAAUAUUUAAAUAAUAAAAAAAAUUUCAUUUAAAAAAA